CAUGGGAGAUACUUCCCCGCCGCAGAGCUCCUCCACAAUGCUCCCGUCACCUCCGUCCGAGAUGGAGGCCAAGUACUACUAUUAUGGCCUGCACUCUAAACCAGUCUUGGUCGCUCGAAGCAGCACUACUCCGUGGGAGGCGCCCACGGGCCCGGAGGCGGACUGGCCAUGCAAGGAGCUCCGCGUCUUCGGCAACCACCCGCUCAAGGAGGUCUGGGAAGGUGGCCUGGGUCUCAAAUUCUGCGGCCUCCUGGGUUCGAUGAAGGUGCAAUGGACCAGCAUCGAUCUUCUCCGCAUAGGGGAGGCCGAGGAGUAUCUCACGCCCCCGGCUCGCGUCGUCUGGAUUGGCGUGAGACCCGCAUCUCUCUCUGGCCAUGACGGCGUCGACGUGGUCACCAAGUGUCACAACCUUCUGGUUGAACACGAUAUCGUCGACGUCGACGUCGAAAUCCGGGAAUCGUUGGUGUGGCCGGACUAUGGGGAAUUAAGGGAGCCUGAGGGACCUAGGCGCGCGCCGCGGGAGCCACACAAGAUAAAACAAAAAAGGAACCAGGGAUGGCGGAGGCAGCGGGAGGCUUGAGAUAAUCGACACAAUACUUAGGAGAUGAGCAAUAAAA